AUGCGUUGUGCAGCAGCAACACCCGCCGCGCCAGCAGCGGAUUCCCCUGCAGCAGCUGCACAUACACCCCAGCAGCAGCAGCAGCAGCAGCCGCCGCGCCAGCAGCGGAUUCCCCUGCAGCAGCUGCACAUACACCCCAGCAGCAGCAGCAGCAGCAGCAGCAGCAAAACAAAGACAAGCGAUGAGAAGGAUGACACAGCAGCAACACAGGAGACAGCAGCAACAACAACAGCAGCAGCAACAACAUCAAUAGCAACAGCAGCGACGGCAACAGCAGCAGCAGCAGUAACAGUAGCAGCAGCAGUAACAGUAACCGCAACAGGAGCAACAGCAGCAGCAGCAGCAGCAGCAGCAGCAGCAGCAACAGCAGCUAUAGAAGGAGGAAAGGCCUUACAGCAGCAAAAGAUGUCUCUUGUUCUGUGGUGGUCCAUCCUGCUGCUGCAUCUGCUGCUGCAGCAGAACCCCGAGAAAGAACAGAGGCCAGUAGGAAGACAACGCGCCUGCAGCAACAGCAGCAACAGCAGCAGCAGCAGCAACAGCAGCAACAACCAUCCAAUACAGCAGCAAUCAAAGAAUGCUGCUGCAGCAGUGCGUCUACUACAGCAACAGCAGCAGCAGAAGCAAAUGCUGCAACAGCAGCAGCAGUCCCCGAAACAAAAGCAGCAGCACCAGCAGCAGUAA